GUGUGUGUUCAUCGCUGCAUUGUAACGGGGCGCAGAGGAGUUCCGUACACUGUCAUAUAAACUGAUAAUACACCUCGGCUCCACAUUAGUUUACGGUUAUUUCUGCUAAUAAGUAACUUUCUCGGCUGUUUACAGUCACAGCUCACCUGAGAGGGAGAGUUCAUCCGGACACGAAACACGUCACCUUGCGUUCAGGACAAGCUCUUUCUCUUAAAUAUGGACAUUUAUGAAGAGGUGCAGGAGCUUUCCGUGGUGUGAAAGGUGCCAGAAAAAUCAAGUUUUUGCUCCACCAUCAUUCCGGCGAAACUGGAUUUUUUUAUGUUUCAGUGAUGGCUUUUCUGGAAUGGCUUACUCUGCAGUGACCAUGUUGACUUGAAACUCAACAGGAUGUUUGGUCACCAUGGGAUGACUUGUCAGUGGAUCUGUGGCCGGCCGUAUUUUCACUGCAAUGUCCUGGACAGAAGAAACAUCAUAAAACAUCACUAACAGUGUCUACUGUUGCCACUUUUUUUUUUUUUUUUUUUUACUAGUUUUGAUAUCAGGCACACAGUCAUGGCUUUCUGUUCUGUGUGCAAGUUUUUACGGAGGGGGAAGUAUUUUGUCCUGCUCCUUCUUGUUCUCUCAGUGCUGGCAUGGAUUGCUACCUUUGCAGGUGAAACAAUGAAAUCUGUUCAGGUUUCCCCCACCACGGUACAAACUGUUCAUAAAGGAGAGACUCUGGAGGGGGAGCUCAACUCCUUGAGAUCAGUGACAGAUCUCCAAAAUACUCCAGCACCAAAAGUCAAGUGCCCUGAGGAAUCACCGCUGCUUCAAGGAGCCCUGAAGCUGUCGUUUGAGUCCUCCCUGACACUGAAGGAUGUGGAGCAGGAAAACAAAGCGGUGGCUGAAGGCCAGUAUCGGCCUCCAGACUGCACAGCGAGGCAGAGCGUCGCUAUCCUCAUCCCCCACCGCAACCGCGAGAAGCACCUUCUUUACCUCUUGCAUCACCUGCACCCCUUUCUGCAGAGGCAGCAGCUACACUACAGCAUUUAUGUCAUCCAGCAGGCUGGCGAUGCGACAUUUAACCGCGCCAAGUUACUAAACGUUGGGUAUUUGGAGGCACUAAAGGACUACAAUUGGGAGUGCUUCAUUUUUCACGACGUGGACCUUGUUCCUGAGAAUGAUUACAAUUUAUACAUCUGUGAUAAGCAGCCCAAACACUUGGUCGUUGGCCGGAAUGCCACAGGAUACAAGCUGCGUUACAAAGGAUAUUUUGGAGGAGUCACAGCCAUGACCAAAGACCAGUUUCAUAAAGUGAAUGGAUUUUCAAACAUUUACUGGGGUUGGGGUGGAGAGGAUGAUGACCUGCGCAUCAGGGUCGAGCUUCAGAAAAUGAAGAUUGUCCGCCCACCGCCUGAUGUAGCUCGCUAUACCAUGGUGUUUCAUAAACGGGACAGUGGCAAUGAAAUAAAUAAGGACAGGAUGCGGUUGCUGGGACGCACACCCCAAGUGUGGAGAAAGGACGGCCUGAAGAACUGUUUGUAUAAGACUUUGUCAAUAGAGAGGCUCCCUCUUUAUGUGAAUGUCACUGUAGAUAUCGGCAAGCCACAGGCCAGUUGAAAUUUCAAAUGGGGAGCCCUGCUGUGACCAAAAUAAUGAUCUGCAUUUUAUAUAUUUACGGCAUUGAGUGCGGUGAGGCUAUUGCAUGCGCACAAGAAACCAAAAUGGGCACACAAGAUGCACAUUUUUUGUUAUUUCAUAUAUAAAAUGAAUCUCAGCUUUUAACUAGAGUCACUGAAGAAACUGUCAUGUCAUCAUGUCAGCUUCAUUACUUGCUUACUUUUCUGAUAUCAGACCUUCCACAUAUAUUGAUUUGUUUAGUGGUUAAUCUGACAGUGAAAAUCAACAGUGAUCCAAGCAAAUUUUGAACUGCCAAAGAAAUAAUAGCUCCCCUUUUUUAGGAAUGAUUGGGUGUGCUCAAAAAAUAAGUUAGUCAAAAAAUCUUCUGGCAUUCAGUAUUCCUAAAAGAUAUGGCCUUAACAUUCAGCUGAGAGUAACUACGACCUCCAUCUCUCGUGGACAGUGUGGAUUUUGUGUGCUUCAUUUGUAGACGCAGUGGCGUUUCGUUAGCUCAAUUAAUUGUUAGGGUCUGGUUCUAGCCCGCUGUCGGACUGUCGGAGUAGUGAAAUGUGUUUGGUAGUUUAUAUAAUAAUAGUAAUCUUUAUUUAUAGAGCACUUUUUAAAAAUCCACAUUACAAAGUGCCUUGCAAAGGCAGCAAUAAAAUAUAGUGAAUAAAAUAAGUCAUAAUCUCAUCAGGUUUAAAAAACAACAAAACAAUUGGAAGUAUAAAAACCAAGAAAAGACAGUUCAAAGAAGAAUUCAUGUAAAAUCAGGAAGGGUUUUCCAAUAAAAGUAUGUUUUAAGAAGGGACUUAAAAGAAAUCACUGACUCGAUUUCCGACUUGAUUUCCUUGGGCAGAUUGUUCCAGAGCCCCAGGGCCCGAAUUUCAGCCGGGCCGCUUGAACAGACAAAAAAAAAAUCCUCUGCCCAGGGAUCUCAAAGUACAUACCGGCAUGUAAAAGGACACUCGAUCAGUUCUUAAAAACAGUUCGUGCAGCUGUAGAUUAAAGUUAAAUUAUAGUGACACCAGCACAUUUUUAUGUUAUCUCUGAAUAGCCAACAGCAAUAUGACCUGUGUACAUUUUUUCUGUUUGUAGAGUACGAGGGGAAAAAAAGGGGUAGCAUGCUUGUGUCCUCAUUUCUCUCUGCAGUCAGAGGUUUGACGGGCACUGCAAGCCUCAGGAACCCCCGCGCUAGAACCAGCCAAGAUUUUGUUGUCAAAAAAUAUUUCCUUUCCUUGAUAAAGGCCACAGCUGGGCUCCUCACCCAAUGAAUGGUGACUGCGAGCAUUAAAGAAGAGUUUCACUUCAAACGAUUUGAGCCUCUAACCUUAACCCAAAAGAAGGGCUUUGAGUGCCAUGGACAACAAGGUGAACCUGCAGAGUGGAGAACAAACACUUUGUCCUGAAAUGCAGUAAUGUGAGGUUUAUAUUCAACCAGAUGAAGGGAUUUCUUACAGCGCAUGUCUUUUUAUAACGCCUUAGAUGCCUGGUUUUUACAUGGGAAUAUAUAGGUGGUGGAUUAUUGGAUUAUUUUAUUUUUAACACAUUUAUUAAUGAUAAUUAUAAUAAUUUGAAACCAAUCAUAUGUAACUUUUGUUUUACUACAAAAGUAUGAAAGUAUGUGCGGGACAUUUAGUUAAUUUUUUUUUUUUUUUAAUGAUCUUUUUUCAUUUUAAAUCAUUGCAUGCUGCUCAGAAAUGUGUGGUGAUUGAUAUACUCGCAACACCAACUUCAUAAAAUUACUGAAUUUAUUCAAAUUUAUUAAUUUAUUUUUUUAAAAAAAUCAGAAUGGCUGUCGGUAUGCUACAACUAAGCUGUCUUUGUUUGACCACCACGUGAGCCUGCCUGAGCAAUAGUACCCAGUUUAUUGACACACUCCUUCGCUGUAACAGUUCUGACUCCCUGUUCAUGACAUAUUCAUAACUGCUAAACUAGAGCUUCAUAACAGCUACACAUAUUAAUGAGUGCAGAAUCAUCCCAAACUCUUUUUAUAUGAUCUUUUGUAAUUAUAAUUAUUAUUAUUAUUAUUGUAGGUUUCAUAUGUGAGAUUCUAUUCCUAAAUGUGCCAUACACAACAGCUGUUAUGAAGCUCUGGAGGGGUAAGGCCUACCCUUGUCCUUGUAUGCAAACACAGUGCAUCUCAAAUAUCAGUACACAAGUUCUGUAUGUCCUUGGACCUGGAGGACUAUUCAUUUCAUUGUGACAUUUCUCUUAUUGAUUGAAUGUAUUUUUUUGUCUCUUUACUGUGAGGUGAGAUUUGUUUUUAUAUAUUUGAAAAUGUUGUAACUGCACAAGGCAAACUACCGCGGACUAACAAGAUUUUAUAAGAUCAUCACAACCAAGAAAAGUUGUGCUUACAUUUUAGCAUUUCAAUCAUGACUUUUUUUUUUUCCUUUUUAUUUUCUACUUCCAUGAUUCCUUUAGUACUGAAGUACAAAGUGAUGCCAUAAUAGCCCACUGAGAAUGCCAUCUUAAGAGAUUUACUUUGAGUGUUUGUACAAUGUGAACUUUGAAUGGUCUUAAGUGUUGAGUGUGUCGACAAGGAAGACAAAUAAUGCCAGAAGAGGGAAUUAUGCAUUUCACUGCAAAGAUUAUUUUGUCUUGAAACACAACCUAUAAUAAAUAUUUCUUUUCUUA